AUGGCAACAUGGAUUACUGAUUUCAUAGUUUACACCUCUAAUGAUAAAGAUUGCCCUGAUCACUUCAAUGGGUAUGAAAUGCACCUGCAAGAUCUUAACGAAAGUCAUGGCGGAAAAUUCAUAUAUGUCGGACGUAAACGUGAGAGAAUCAUCUCUGAAAAUCAUAAAAACGCGGUAACUUCCUUACGGUUUCUCGCUUUCUCAGAUAAACAAAUAGAAAAACCAGUCGGUUGGGAAUUCUGGAAUUACCAUGACUUGAGCGAAGGUGCGGGGGGCAAAUUCAUUUAUAUGGUUUGGAAUAAGGGGGAAAAUGAGCUAAACCCUAUCAUAGAAAUCGAUUUUUGUGUCAGUGAAAGUAAGGAAAGUUAUGAAAAGAAAGGUGUUUCAUGGACAAGAAUAAAUCAGGAUUUAUCCGAGGGUUCUGGUGGAAAAUAUAUAUGGUGUUCUUAUUUUAGAGGAUAG